CUUUUCCACCAACGCAUCGUUUGACAUCUGAAGAAGUGUUUGACACAGAUGGAAAACCCAGGGUUGACAUUUUGAAGAACCACUUGAUAAAGGAAGGUCGAGUGGAUGAAGAAAUUGCACUUAGAAUCAUCAAUGAGGGUGCUGCAAUAUUACGGAGGGAAAAAACUAUGAUAGAAGUUGAAGCUCCAAUUACAGUGUGUGGUGAUAUACAUGGCCAGUUCUUUGAUCUAAUGAAGCUGUUUGAAGUGGGAGGAUCACCUGCUAACACAAGAUACCUCUUCCUCGGUGACUAUGUAGACAGAGGUUAUUUUAGUAUAGAGUGUGUGCUGUAUUUAUGGGUCCUGAAAAUUCUCUAUCCAAGCACGUUAUUUCUUUUGAGAGGCAACCAUGAAUGCAGACACCUAACAGAGUAUUUUACCUUUAAACAAGAAUGUAAAAUAAAAUACUCUGAAAGAGUCUAUGAUGCUUGCAUGGAAGCUUUUGAUUGCCUUCCUCUUGCUGCUCUCUUAAAUCAACAGUUUCUUUGUGUUCAUGGUGGACUUUCACCAGAAAUUAAUACACUAGAUGACAUUAGGAGAUUAGAUAGAUUCAAAGAACCUCCAGCAUUUGGACCAAUGUGUGACUUACUGUGGUCAGAUCCUUCAGAAGAUUUUGGAAAUGAAAGUUCACCAGAGCACUUCAGUCACAAUACAGUCAGAGGAUGCUCAUACUUUUAUAGCUAUCCAGCAGUUUGUGAAUUUUUGCAAAAUAAUAAUUUGUUGUCAAUCAUUAGAGCACACGAAGCACAAGAUGCAGGUUAUAGAAUGUACAGGAAAAGUCAAACUACAGGGUUUCCAUCAUUAAUAACAAUUUUUUCAGCACCUAAUUACCUGGAUGUCUACAAUAAUAAAGCUGCUGUUUUAAAAUAUGAAAACAAUGUGAUGAAUAUUCGUCAAUUCAAUUGUUCUCCUCAUCCUUACUGGCUACCAAAUUUUAUGGAUGUUUUUACAUGGUCCUUGCCAUUUGUUGGAGAAAAAGUAACAGAAAUGUUGGUGAAUGUUUUGAGCAUUUGUUCUGAUGAUGAACUGAUGACAGAGGGAGAAGAUCAAUUUGACGUAGGUACAGCUGCUGCACGGAAAGAAAUAAUCAGGAACAAAAUUCGUGCAAUUGGCAAGAUGGCAAGAGUCUUCUCUGUUCUCAGGGAGGAGAGUGAAAGUGUGCUGACACUCAAGGGUUUGACUCCCACUGGAAUGUUACCUAGUGGAGUGUUGGCUGGAGGACGACAGACCCUGCAAAGUGAUGCGUUGUAACUGGAAACUGUUCUCAAAGUCUAUGCGCAGAAGUUCAAGAUAACAAAUGGUAGAGUCUGGAGCUGUCUCUAAUUCUUGCAUUGUUGAAAAGGAAAAAAAGGUAUCCUGCCUCUCAGAAAACUGUAAGUUACUUCGCUUUGUUUUCCACUCCCAGGAUUUUAAGUGGGAGGAAGGUUCUGCGUGUCGUUAGCAUUAGUCUGUUCUGGGUGGGGAGGGGCAAAUGUUUGGCAAUAGCUCUGCCAGCCCGCGGAUGCAACAGCAAAGCAAAGAGCUGCGGGUGCUGCAGUGCUGCUGUCUGCAGGGAGAAGGGUUGGGAGUUGUUGGGGGUGGGGAAGUGUUCUGGCUGUUCUGAGAAAUGUGAAUGCAUUUUAGCGAAUCUGAAAAGCAGGCCUGAAAGUACAGAACGUGUUUGAGGAUGGUUUUUUGGCGUCUCCUGUUCCAUAGAGCUUUGUGUUGCCGAGACACUUGGCUGCCACCUGGUGAGCUGAGCCGGGAAGGCAGCCCAGUUUGCAUUGCUCACAUUCAGUUCAGUGGCAAACAUAAUGCUGAAUGUUUAAUAGAAGUGAAAAUACUUGAGGGCUUUUUGCAUGGCGGAUUUUUUUUAUCUGUUACUGUUUUGCAAAUACUUCUAUGUACGUGUGUACAAUGAAAGAUUUGCCAUAUAAGAAUGGACUCUACCAGCUGCCGCUGUUUUUGUUUGAGGAGUAAGAGAAAUAGAGCUUUGCUUUUUUAGUGAGGGGCCUAUAUAGGAUAUUCAUUAGUUAAAGCGUUGCUUAGAAAUGUUAGGAAACUCAUCGCUAGCUGCUGGACUUCUUGCUUCUGUUAAAUUUAUGGCUGGGGACAGAUACAGUGUGAUUUUCUAUAAAAACAAAUGCACUGCUCAAAGCUGGUUUUCUGUUUUCCUUAAUCCUAUGAAACCAUUGCUGCAUCAUUUGUAUUGUGUGUGUCACUGUCACUUUCAGCUUGGAUUAACGCAUGUUCUGUAGUGUUAGCGUUUGCUUACGGCAAAUUACUGAACACUGAAAGAACAAUAUAACCCACUUUUUUUACAAGGCAGUACUUCAAAAUUAGAUUUGAAAUUUUGUCCUUUCUAUUGCUGCCUUAAGCACAAUGCUAACUACCUGCUAAUCAUAACGAAUUUGAGAACUUAAAUAGAGAAGGCACAGUCAUCUUCUGCCAAGGUGUUAAACUGUACAGUGUGACUUAAAAUGAGUACUUGAUGCUUUUUUCAGCAUUAGGAGGGGAAGACAGAAAAGAGUUCUUAUUAGAGAACCUACCUGGGGCUUUAGAAAAUGCUUUCCAUUGCUUGAGGUUUUGUUUUUUUUU